CUGUCUGCCAUGGUGUCUCGUUGUGUCUCGGUCACUCCCACUACACGCUCCGCCGAGGAGAGCUGAGCUGAGCUUCUUACAACCUGAGCCCCGAGUCGAGUCAAGAAACAGAAUUGCAUGUAUCCAGAUUGUAGAGAAAGCAUCUUUAAAAGAUUCACAAAACGUAAAGUUUAGGUGGACUUUCGGUUAUCGUUGUAGGAUAAAGCCCCGGCUCUCGCUGUGUCCUCGCGCUCCACAAAGUAAAAGUACCCGAGUCCUCUGCCGCAGCGUCUCGUCCAUCCCCUCCCAGAGGUCGUUAAGAGGGCUUUUACUUUGGAAACCUGGAAGUAACACUUCUCUGGUUAACCAGCCAGAAACAAGAUGGAGGACGUGUCGUACCAGGAGAGACUGCAGGCCAUCGCAGAGAGGCGUCGCCAGCAGGAAGAGGAGGAAAAGGUGAAGAGAGAGACGGAAGAAGAGAAGUGGAAGUUGGCCCAGAAACAGAAAAAGUCCUUAAGAGAUCAGUGGUUCAGUGAUCCAGGUGAUGCCCUCGAGGUACAGUCAGACUUGCCCCAGCUGCACAGUCAAUCAACGACUGAGGAAGGAGAACAGGAAGUCUGCAUCAGAGGACCGAAGGACUCAGCUUCUGUGGUGAGUUCAGGGAAAGAAGUCUACAUCCAAGGGACUGGAGGAAGUGACAUCACCGAAGACAUGUCACAACAGAUCUUCCACGAGGGUGGCCAAGAUGGCCGAUCAGUCCUGGGGAUGGUGGCGGUGCAGGUGGAGGUCGACCCCCGGACGGGCGCCACCGUGGUCCGCUCCGUGGCGCCCAUGUCGGCGCCGGUGGGCGCCAUGGCGACCACGGUGUUCGACGACGGCCGCAAGAGCGUGCACGCCAUCGGCGGGGGCGGCGCCCAGCCCUCGGCGGAGGAGCUGGGGCGCAUCCUGAGCGCCAUCGACGGCGUGGGGAUGACGGUGCUGCUGGACGACGUCGCCGUGACGACGAGCGCGAGCGCGGCGUCGGACGCCAGCGACGGAGAACGCUCCCGGGGGUCCCCGGCGGCCGCGGGGUCCGUGGGCGCGUCGCCGCGCGUCGUGGAGGUGAGGGGCGGAUCGGGGGGCGGGGCCCAGGUCGGGGAGGCGGGAGCGGAGGAGGGAGGGGGCGUGGCCGUCACCCGCGGCCUGGUGGAGUCUGCCACGACGGUGAGGGAGGCGGCCGGUCAGCCAAUCGUCACGGAGGCGGCGCCGGGGGCGGGGCCGGACUACGAGACCCCGGUGGUCCUGACCUUCCUGGGCUACGCCGACUCCGACCAGCGGGAGGGGCCGGAGGGCGUGGCCCUGGGCCGCGACGACCGCGGGGGCGUGCUCACCGUGGAGCGAGUGGUCAUCGACGCCGGGGACGACGACGGCGACGAAGAGGAGAGAGAGGAGGUUCUGGAGCCCUCCGCGAACGGGGGUCCCGCGGGGCCGGGCGGGGCCCCUGAGCGGGACGGCGCGUUCCAGGAGGUCCGGCUGGACGGGAGCGUGAAGCGGGCCCCGGCCAAGGGGGCGGAGCCUGUCGAGGUGCCCUCGGAGCCGGCCACACCCAAGGAGGGGAGCAAGGAGACAGAGGAGUCCUCCAAACCCAAGGCCUGUCAAUGCUGCUCUGUCAUGUAGCAGGGAGGGGGAGGAGAGAAGGAGAGGGAGAAAUAAAGAAAGGAAACGAGAAAGUACCGCAAACCACUUCUGCCUCCUGUUGGACAAAACUGAGAACUACAACGAGGGAGAGAGAGAGGGGAGGGGGAGAGAGGGAGAAAGGGAGAGAGGGAGAGAGGGAGAGAGAGAGAGAGAGAGAGAGAGAGAGAGAGAGAGAGAGAGAAUUUGCCACAGAUCAUAGCAUGUUAUAUGCUGUUUUAUUUAACCUGAUUAAUCUAAGAAAUAACAAACAAACAUUGCCAUGGCUGCCUCUUACAUUAUGUUUGACAAUACAUGACAAUUUCAUGACAUUCAAUUCAUUCAAAUAAACAUAACAUUAACAUUGUGUUCAGGUUAGUAUUACACAACAUGAUUAUAAUUGAUCAUUUAGUUCAUUCUGAAGAUGCAGAUUGAACAUAUUGUGUACGAAAUAGGUACAACGCCUUGCAGUGACCACAGACGACAUCAUACUAAGAUAAGAGAAAAGUUCGCUGGAUAACAAUUGUGUUUUUGUUUGUUCAUCCAAUCGGAAAGCGGUGGACUACUACAAACACUACUCUAUCCGCGUGGCCGAGAACAGAGCACUUGUUUUGAGGAACGGUGACUGAAUUACCGCUGAAGCGUAUUUAAUGUAAACCAUGCCUUCCCCCUGCUGGAAGACAAGGAGAACUACAAUGACCGGGGCUCGCAUACAGGCUUGAGCCAAGAGAUCACACACACGCAUCACUCACAUGGAUUAAGAGCCCAAAGGAAGAAUUGUAUUCGUUACGGUACAAAUCGACUGUGUAGCCUACGUUAUUUCCAAAGGAUACAAAGCAUUUAAUUGAAUAAAAUAUCUUCAUAACAUAUAGACUUUUAACAUUACAAUAUUGAAAUAUUACUCAUGUUUCUUUGGGGUUCUUUUUUAACCAGUUUUUGACCACUUGACUGUAGCUGCUGGAGAAUUGUGAUCAACUGGACAACUGGAAUGUAUCAUUAAAUAAUGUUGUUUGAAA